UCGCGGUACUCGGUACGACUACAGAAGAGAACAAACCUUUCAUUUUUGUCACUUUUAAAUUGUAAAUAAAUACAUAGCGUUUUCAAUUCAGUAAAUACAGAACAUUACAAGUGUAGGAUUCAGUUUGGUUCUUCGUAAUAUACCGGUUAUAAGAAAGUUUAAUUAAUACAUUAUAAUAUAUUAGUGCAGUAAUAAUCCGUAUUGUGUUCGCGGGGUGACGCCAUGCCAAGCCGAAAAAGCGCGACCGCGAGUUUAGUGGAUUUGAAUCCCAACGCCAAUCGUCCAAUACAGGAUUCAGCAUUGAAGACCGGUUCGCCGUAGCAUCAUUCAGCUGGCCGACUAACAACCAUAACCAGUCAGGCAACCAAUUACAUACAUAUGUAAUCAGUGUGUACUGGGCCUUUAAGGCGAAAUUACCCGGAUCAACGUUCAAUGGAAUUGAAUCACUUUGGAGGAAUGGAGCAGAAAUGAAAGCUAUUUACAUGGUAUCUGGAGAGUGAAAGUAAACUAUUCAACACGUAUUCUUCGAAUGAAGUCGUGCGUUUAGGAGUUGCAUUAAUAUCCAAGGAAACGCCGUCGUUGGUGGGUGCGAUUAUGGGCAGAAGACAAACCUUAAGGUACAAAUCAUAGAGUCACAGCUCCCAUCAGUCACUCCAUAUGCCAGUCUUCACCACUCAUUCAUAAUCGUGACUCAGGUGGUGUUGUAGGAAAUGAGAGCAACUCAAACCAGGCGAAAAAGAGCCUCUACGAAAACCAUGGCGUUGCAGCUUGUUCACACAACAGGGCCCUCUGCAUUGCCACUAUCGUAUUUGCGUUUUUGUUCACACUUGCAGUCAUUAUCGCCUUUACUGGACCUCAGACUGAUUGCCCGUGUGCUGGAGAUAUUAAGUCGAGUUAUGUGGACGAAAAAGCCAACAUGACAAGAAUUUUUGAACCUAGAGCUACAAAUGGACAGAUCUUCCCAUGGAACAAUAUACGUCUUCCUACCUCCUUGAGACCACACCGCUACAAUUUGACAAUUCAUCCAAAUUUAACAACUCUUGAAGUUAGAAGUCAGGUUUCCAUCGAAUUCCAAGCAGAAAAAGAGACGAACUUUAUCGUCCUUCAUUGUAAAAAUCUCACCAUUCUAGACAAAAUCAUUCAGGAUAGGCACGGAAACAAUUUGACUAUAAUUAAAAUGUUAGAGUACUUAGGUGGGCAACAGCUGUACAUAGAAAUUAGAGAAAAGUUUAAAAAAAGGCAUAAUUAUGUUUUGAGGAUUCGAUACAAUUCAAAAUUAAACCGAGAGGCCGAGGGAUUUUAUAUUUCAAGUUAUAAUACAAAGAACGGAGAGAGAAAGUAUUUGGCUACAACACACUUUGAACCAACUUUUGCUAGAACUGCCUUUCCCUGUUUCGAUGAACCCCAAUUUAAAGCAAAAUUCAGGUUAACUGUUUUUAGAGACAGAUUUCAUAUCAGCCUUUUUAAUACUCCCGUAGUAAAAACUGAUGUUUUAGGAUUUUACAUGGGCACUGGGUUGCUUUACGAUGAAUUUUUGGAAACGAACGAAAUCAGUACCUAUUUAGUAGCAUUUGUGAUAUGUGACUUCAGUCAACGAAAUAAACAAACUGAAAGCGGUGUAUCUGUCUCCAUAUACACCCCUGAACCUUUUGUUUCCAGAGCUCCAUUUACGCUGGAAACGACAUCUUUCUUCCUCGAUUAUUAUGAGAACUUUUUUGGAGUAGCUUUUCCUCUUCCAAAACUAGAUAUUGUAGCACUUCCUGAGUUCGAUUACGGGGCAAUGGAGAAUUGGGGACUAAUUACCUACAGAGAGACUGCUAUUUUUUCAAACACUAAAGAUAACGACACUUUUAUUGCUGCUCACCAGUGGUUGAUUAGUAAACUUGCACAUGAAUUAGCGCACCAGUGGUUUGGAAACUUGGUGACAAUGAAAUGGUGGAACGAUUAUUGGUUAAAUGAAGGUUUCACGACAUUAUUUGAAUAUCAAGGUGUAGAUCAGUAUAUUCCGGAAUGGAAGAUGAUGGAACAAUUUAUUGUAGAUAAAACCCAACCUGCCCUAGCGUUAGAUGCACUAGCAUGUAGUCAUCCUAUUUCUGCAAAUGUGACCGAUCCGUCUGAAAUUGAUGCUAUUUUUGAUACUAUUUCUCUAAAUAAGGGUACUGCCGUUUUGUAUAUGUUGGCAAAUUUUUUACACAAAGAAAAUUUAGAAAAUGGCCUUAACGACUAUCUUAUUUCGUAUAAAUACCAGAAUGCUGAAAUGAAGGAACUCUGGAAUGUUCUAUCAAAAAACACCAACCAAACUUUGGAUGUAAAAGUGGUAAUGGACACGUGGACGAAUCAGAUGGGUUUUCCACUUGUAACAUUAAGACGAGAGAAUAACACCAUUGUUGCCACACAAAAGAGAUUUUUGGUUACAGUUGAAAAAGGAAACAAUACACAUCAUGCACUGCUUCCUUCUGGUUAUGAUUAUAAAUGGCAUAUCCCUCUAACUUAUUUCACCAAUAAUGACAGCGAAGUUAAAUAUGUUUGGAUGAAUAUGACUGAAGCAAAAUUUGACGUUGGCGAUAUAAAAUGGAUCAAAGCCAACGCAAACCAAACAGGCUUCUACAGGGUUAUGUACGACGAUGAUAUUUGGGCAUCAUUAAUUAAGGUCUUGAAAACCAAUCACAAGGUUUUUAGUGCCGCCGACAGAGCCAGUUUAAUUGAUGACGCAUUCUCUUUGUCCAGAGCUGGAGUACUCAACGUAAGUGUAGCAUUAGAACUAUCCUUAUACUUAAAUAAUGAAAGGGAUUAUGCUCCUUGGGCAGCUGCUAUAGAACACUUGAAGUCUUGGGCUCGAAGAUUAUCUGAAUCUUUAGCAUAUAAAUCCUUCCUGAAGUAUAUGCGACUUUUACUGACACCAGUUACCAAAUAUGUUGGAUGGAACAAGAACAAAUCACAUAUGGAAAAGCUUUUAAGAGGACGAGUCCUAUCUGCUGCUAUACUAUGUGAACUAAAUGAAACCAUAUCCGUGGCAAAAACUCAUUUUCAGAACUGGAUGAUCCAAAACAAAAGUGUAGAUCCAAAUUUAAAAGAGAUAAUCUACUCUGCAGGAGUUAAAUAUGGAGGGAUGAAUGAAUGGCAAUAUUGCUGGAAUUUUUACAAGAACACAACAGAUGGGAACGAAAAGCAAAUGCUGUUGAAAGCGCUGGGGGUUGCUUCUGAUCCCUGGUUAUUACAAAGGUAUUUAAUAGAAACUCUGGAUACGAACCUAGUCAAACCUGAAGAUGUAAAACUGGUUCUAGAAGUAGUAGCCGCAAAUCCAGAAGGAAGACUAUUAGCAUGGAGACACCUAAAAGCCUAUUGGCCUACAAUGCACUCCCUAUACGGAAAUAGUACAAUGUUAAUGGGAAAUCUCAUAUCAGCUGUUACAGCACACUUGUCUACACCAUAUGAUUUUUACGAAGUAUCAACAUAUUUUAAUGGCAUGGACGUAGGAUCAGCUUCAAGGGCAUUAGAGCAGAGCUUAGAAAUAAUUCAGUUGAAUAUCAACUGGGUUUCGCAGAACGAGGAAGAAGUAAACAAUUGGCUUCGUAAAAAUUUGAAAUAGAUCUAGUAAAUAUUAACUUUCAAAAAAGUUUUGCACCAAUUCUGCGUUCGUCUCUAUACUCUAUGGAUUUACUAGUAAGACAGUAAUUAUUGUUGAGUAUUAUGUGUUUGAUUUAUAUUUUUAGAUUAAGUGACAUUUCAUUAAAGUUCCUUUAACUC